AUGUCUUCCGUCAAAUCAUUCCGCCAACUCCUCGGCAUCUCCCCUUCCUCCGCCUCCACUAGUGAUUCAACUCUGAUCAUCAUCGACGCUCAAAACGAAUACGCCACCGGCCUCCUCGCAGUUGAGAAAGUCGCCGAUUCUCGCAAGGUUAUUGCUAAGCUGCUUGACAAAUAUCGACAGGGCAACGGCAAGAACAUUGUUCACGUCGUGCACGAAGUGCCUGCCAGUGCCCCGGUCUUCACUCCUGGCACUGCUCUCGCACAGGAAUUCGAGGAGCUCACGCCGAAGCCAAACGAAAAAGUGAUUAGGAAGAAUUUCCCGAGCUCGUUUGCUCGGACCGAUCUACAUGAUUACUUGCAGGGACUAGGAAAAGUAGGCCAGAAGAUUGUACUGGUCGGCUACAUGUCGCAUGUUUGCGUUUCUACCACGGCACGUACUGGCAGUGAGCUUGGAUAUGAUGUACUUGUUGUGCGUGACGCUAUAGGCGAUCGCAACAUUCCUGGAGUGGAUGCGGAAACUGUGGUCUCUGUGGUUCUCAGUGAGUUGGGCGAUGGCUUUGCCACCAUUGUGUCUGAAAGUGAAAUCCACUAG